CCGCCCGGCCCCUCCCGGCCCUGCCCGCCGCGCUCGGCCCCGCUCUGCUCCGCGGAAUGAUCGCGCUGCCGCCCGGCCGCCGCCCGUGAGUCCUCCGGACGCGCAGCAGGAGGAUGAUUCCUGUGACCGAGUUUCGGCAGUUCUCCGAGCAGCAGCCGGCGUUCAGGGUGCUGAAGCCCUGGUGGGAUGUGUUCACGGACUAUCUCUCUGUGGCUAUGCUGAUGAUCGGCGUGUUUGGUUGCACACUGCAGGUCAUGCAAGACAAGAUAAUAUGCCUUCCAAAGCGACUACAGCCUUGCCAGAACCAAUCUAAUACUUCACAUGUAAUUAGCACAAUCCCGGAUACAACCCCUCUUCCUCCACCCAAGCCAUCAACCCCUCCAGCCACAGUUGAAAUGAAAGGACUGAAGACUGAUUUGGACCUUCAGCAAUACAGCUUUAUUAAUCAAGUUUGCUACGAACGUGCCCUGCACUGGUAUGCCAAGUACUUCCCUUACCUUGUCCUUAUACACACGCUGGUCUUCAUGCUGUGUAGUAACUUUUGGUUCAAAUUCCCUGGAUCGAGUUCCAAAAUUGAACACUUCAUUUCAAUACUUGGGAAAUGUUUUGAUUCUCCGUGGACAACCAGAGCCUUAUCUGAAGUGUCAGGAGAAGACUCUGAAGAGAAGGAUAACAGGAAGAACAACAUAAACAAAUCUAAUACUACCCAACCGAGCACUGAAGGCACUUUGGUCAAGACACAGUCUUUAAAGUCAAUCCCUGAGAAGCUGGUUGUGGAUAAGGGAACACAUGGGGCAUUAGACAAGAAAGAAGGUGAACAGGCCAAAGCACUGUUUGAAAAGGUGAAGAAAUUUAGACUGCAUGUUGAGGAGGGGGACAUACUCUAUGUCAUGUAUGUUCGCCAGACUGUACUUAAGGUAAUUAAAUUCCUUAUCAUUAUUGCUUACAACACAGCACUUGUCUCAGAAGUUAAUUUUACAGUUGUCUGUAAUGUUGAUAUAGAAGACAUGACAGGAUACAAGAAUUUUUGCUGUAAUCACACAAUGGCACAUCUAUUCUCUAAAUUGUCAUACUGCUACCUGUGCUUUGUAAGCAUCUAUGGCCUCACAUGCCUUUAUACUCUAUACUGGUUGUUCUAUCGCUCACUGAAAGAAUAUUCCUUUGAAUAUGUACGGCAGGAGACAGGAAUUGAUGAUAUCCCAGAUGUCAAGAAUGACUUUGCUUUUAUGCUUCACAUGAUAGAUCAGUACGAUCCUCUCUAUUCAAAGAGGUUUGCUGUCUUUCUGUCUGAAGUCAGUGAAAAUAAGCUGAAACAGCUGAACUUAAACAAUGAGUGGACUGCAGACAAACUAAGGCAGAGGCUACAAACGAACUCCCAUAGCCAUCUGGAGCUACAGCUUUUCAUGCUCUCCGGAUUACCUGACACAGUGUUUGAAAUUACUGAGCUGCAGUCUUUAAAACUUGAAAUCAUUAAUAAUGUAAUGAUACCAGCAACCAUUGCACAGUUGGACAAUCUCCAGGAGCUGUCACUGCACCAGUGUUCAGUGAAGAUCCACAGCGCUGCCUUGGCCUUUCUGAAGGAGAAUCUCAAGAUCCUGAGCGUGAAGUUUGAUGACAUCAGAGAACUUCCACACUGGAUGUAUGGCCUCAGAAAUCUGGAAGAGCUCUAUUUAAUUGGCUCCUUAAGUCACGAUAUUUCCAAAAACAUUACAUUGGAAUCAUUUCGGGAACUUAAAAGCCUUAAAGUCCUUUACAUAAAAAGUAACUUGUCCAAAAUCCCGCAGUCUGCAGUUGAUGUUUCAAGUCACCUGCAAAAAUUGUGCAUCCACAAUGACGGCACUAAGCUAGUGAUGCUCAACAACCUGAAGAAGAUGGUCAACUUGACACAGCUGGAACUGGUUCACUGUGAUUUAGAGCGCAUACCUCACGCGGUCUUUAGCCUUCUCAGUCUCCAGGAGUUGGAUUUAAAGGAAAACAACCUCAAAUCCAUCGAAGAAAUAGUGAGUUUUCAACAUCUGCGAAAACUGACAAUCCUAAAGCUGUGGUACAACAGUAUAACAUACAUCCCUGAGCAUAUAAAGAAACUCACUAGUCUCGAACGGCUUUCCUUCAGCCAUAACAAAAUAGAGGUUCUUCCAUCCCACCUAUUCCUAUGCAACAAAAUCAGAUAUUUGGAUUUGUCUUACAAUGACAUUCGCUUCAUUCCACCUGAAAUAGGAGUUCUGCAGAGUUUACAGUACUUUUCCAUUACUUGCAACAAAGUGGAGAGUGUCCCAGACGAGCUGUACUUUUGCAAAAAACUUAAGACUCUGAAAAUUGGGAAAAAUAACUUGUCUGUCCUUUCACCUAAAAUUGGUAAUUUGGUAUUCCUCUCCCACUUGGAUAUUAAAGGCAAUCACUUUGAAAUUCUCCCUCCGGAACUUGGUGAAUGUAGGUCUCUGAAGCGGACUGGUUUCACUGUAGAGGACGCUUUGUUUGAAACGUUGCCUUCUGACGUCAGGGAACAAAUGAAAGCUGAAUAACCAGCUUCUUCUUGCUCAGUUUUACAGAAAUAACGCUUCUACCAAAUACCCUGUAGAAAGUGCAUACUCCGAACAUGCAUUUAGUUUGUUAUCGUUUCUUUGCUUUCUUAAGAAGUCCUUUCUGUACAAACAAAUUUGGAGUAAGGAGUACAUAUAUUUUUAAAAUAAAAUUUUCUUGUAUUUUUUCACUGUUUUAAGAUAUUUUUAAGUUUAUUUUGCCCUGACAACAAGGGUGUUUGUAACUUAAUUUUUACUAGCAAAAGUAAACGGUUUUAUCUGCUGAGAUUUUUUUGUUUGUUUGUUUUGUUUUGUUUUGUUUUUUUCCCUUUGGUAAAUCCCAAUAGGGAAAUUGUAUUUCAACUGUAUGCUUUGGAUUGCAUAAUCUGUAACAGGUAAUUAUAUUGUCUUCCCGGUUGCUGUUAAUCUUGUAGGAUGUGGUCUCCAUCAGGUAGUCCUGCAGGUGCUGAAUGCCUCAUUCCUUCUUUAUUUUUUGGUGGGAACUGAAGGUGUUCAAGAUCUAACAAGAUCUGGGUUGACUUCCCUUUAACUUAUGACACUGUUUUCUCAGAUGGUCAAAGCAAGUUGAUAUGGUUCUUUCUGUACAAGGGCUGGAGGUAUUUUCAUAGGUCAGAGGCAGUAUGCAGAACUCCUCCAGGGACUUUUGGGAAGUGUAGUCUGUGUCUGUGUUUAUGUGCUGUCCGAGCAGGAGGCACUGACUGUGAUUUCUGCACCCAAGAUGGAGGAGUAAGGGCACAGGUCACAGAGGAGUCCCUACCAAAAUGAUGCGAGCUGAAGAUUUUCUGAACAACGCAGAGGGAUUCAGCUGCCCAUUUCCUGCUGGCAUGAAUGGAAAGGGUGCAGUGAAUCCACACUGUUGGAAAAGUCAACCCCGGGAGGUAAAACACUACUUUCAAAAACGCUGUACCCAUCCUCCACUUAAUGUCUGGUCCUGCAAGGGAGAAAGUGUCCUCUGCAUCUCUCAGUCACUUCCCACAGGGAUGCUUGGCACCGUGCAGGACCAGGAUUCAGAAAAAGUGCAAUCGUCUUCAGUGAGUGAACCUUCUGGCAAGGAAAUGACGUUAUUUUUAGCAGUGAACAUGCUCCUUAUUUGAGCUUUGGCAUUACAUUGCCAAGCCCAACACAGGAACAUUUGCAGAUUUGCAAAAAUGGGAUUCAGUGAAUACAUUAACUUUUUCAAAGUCUCGGCCUCCAGAGGACAGUGAUGAAGGCUCUGGUUUCCUCUCGCAGAUAGUCAUUAAAUCAGAAAUCAUACACUCGGAGGUCUGUCUGCUUUUUAAAAUAAUUUAAUAGUCAAUGGAGUCUUUAAUGGAUUAUGCUUCAAGUUGGGAACUUUGUCCUCUGAAACUGUCCUGUUCUUUAUUUAUCCAGCCGCUUGCUUUCUUCUAGGCAAGUUUGGCAGACACAGUCCAUGAUAACUCACGUGCUGCUCGCAGGCUAAUUUAAGCUAAUAAAAAAUAACCAUAUGAUAGCAAAGUAUUUGGCUGGGAGAUCUUUUCAUUCUAUCCAGCAAUGCACAUUUGAGUCAGAUGCCAGCACUGGAUAAAUGCUUUGUGAGAAUAUCUAGGAGUCACUACUUCUUUCUCUAGGAGACAAUGCUGUUUAUGAGUUGCAGAUUGUUCCAAGUUCUAUAACUGUUUGACUGUUGUUGGGUUGGUUGCUCUUAAAUGUUUUCUAGCUGCAAUCAAGUGUUUUGAACUACCGUCAUUCUGAGUUCUUGAGCUGAUUGUUGUUUUGAGUCAGACGUACACAGGUGGGAAGGCAAAAUGAAUAUUUCCCCAUUCAUUCAGGGUGCGAUGCACUGUCUGAUAAGUGGGUUUGCCCCCAGACCCAGCGAGUGAUUUGUUGUGCUUGAGUGUGUUCUAGAGAAGGUCUGUGUGAUUAAUCAAAGUUGGGUCAGGCAUGAAAGAAUUAAAAUGAUUUUUUUUUAAAGUGGUUUGAUUUACUUCUAUGAAAGAGCUAUAACUGAUGUAGCUAUUGCAAGAGCUACUCUUACUCAUAUAUGGAAUGCACUUAUUGGAGCAGCUUGGCAGUAUACGUAUAUUCUAAAUGUAUUUCACUUUGAUGUAAUGCGGGGGAGAGAAAUGUUUCGUUACUCAU